CUCCCGUUCUCGCCGUUUCCCACUGCCCAGCGAGCAGAUCGAGCGCUAGGUUGCCCAUUGCCCUUUCUUUUUCUCGCUAAAGAAAUCCACGCCUUCCCCCUUUUUUUUUCUCCAUCUGUCCGGAUUUAUAGGGCAUUCCGUGCAUCAAAGAUUGAUCAGACGGAAGGGAGAGGAGAAUCACUCAAUCGGUCGCUCUCGGAUUCCCCAGUGUUCGCCCUUUGUUCUGUAAGCGGCCCAUCUUCCUCGUUUUGCUCUAACCUUUCAAUUCUUGAUCGUCAUUUUAGGAUUGAUCCAGAGGAAUACAUUGAUGUUGGGCAGAUACACCUGUUGCAGCAUAGUCUAUGUGCAGCGCUCGCUUAGUACUUGAUCACUGAUUUUUAGUUUGGCCAUUCAAGGGGAAUUGUCCAAUAUGAAAAACUAUUGCAAUGAAACAUACUGUCACAUGUGCUUGUAUAUAAUGCAACAUUUAUUGUGGUAGUUGUAUUCAUACCAGCUCUUCGCCUGGUCAGCAAUAUAAUGGUUUGAUUUGAGCCAGGAGAAAGUUGCAAAAUCCUUUCUAAUAAAAUUUUAACAGCAUUUUGUGGGAUCUUCUAGUUUUCUAACAUGUUUGUGGGAAAGAAUCAAUUAGCUAGGAAAUAUUUAUUGGUGGAUUCUUAAUUUCUUGACUGUUGGAAAAUCCUCUAUUUCCAAUGAUGGAGGGCUUAGCACAACUUGAAGCACUCUGUGAGCGACUUUACAAUUCUCAGGAUUCAGCUGAAAGGGCCCAUGCUGAGAGCACAUUAAAGUGCCUGUCAGUGAAUGUUGAUUACAUCUCACAAUGUCAAUACAUUCUGGACAAUGCAGUCUCUCCUUAUGCACUUAUGUUGGCAAGUUCAAGCUUAUUGAAGCAAGUUACAGAUCACAGCCUUUCAUUGCAGUUGCGACUUGAUAUCAGACAUUACCUGAUCAGCUAUCUGGCUGCGAGGGGACCUGAGUUGCAGCCUUUUGUUACGGCAUCUUUAAUACAACUAUUUUGUCGGGUUACAAAGCUUGGAUGGCAUGAUGAUGAUAGGUUUAGGGAUGUGGUUAAAGAAUCAAUGAACUUUUUGAGUCAGGCAACAUCAGGUCAUUAUUCUAUUGGGCUCAAGAUUCUGAAUCAGCUUGUUGCAGAAAUGAAUCAGGUGAACCCUGGUUUCCCUUUGGCACAUCAACGCCGGGUGGCAUGCUCUUUCCGAGAUCAAGCUUUAUUCCAAAUUUUUCAGAUAUCAUUAACAUCAUUGUGCCAACUCAAAAAUGAUGUGGAUAACAGGCUAAAAGGCUUGGCUCUUAGUCUAGCACUUAAAUGUUUGUCAUUUGACUUUGUGGGAACUUCCUUGGAUGAAAGCUCAGAUGAACUUGGCACCAUUCAGAUUCCAUCUGCUUGGAGACAAGUGCUUGAGGAUCCUCAGACAUUGCAGAUCUUCUUUGAUUACUAUGCAAUCACUAAGCCUCCUCUGUCAAAGGAGGCUUUGGAGUGCUUAGUACGCCUUGCCUCUGUGAGGCGUUCUUUGUUUGCAAAUGACACUGAAAGAUCCAAGUUCCUUGCUCGGCUGAUGACUGGAACAAAGGAGAUUCUGCAAACAGGGCAAGGCCUUGUUGAACAUGACAAUUAUCAUGAGUACUGUCGUCUUCUUGGGCGCUUCAAGGUAAAUUAUCAGUUGUCCGAGCUUGUUAAUGUGGAAGGCUAUAGUGAUUGGAUCCGUCUGGUAGCAGAGUUUACCACAAAAUCUUUGCAAUCGUGGCAGUGGGCUAGCAGUAGCGUGUAUUAUCUUCUGGGGCUGUGGUCAAGAUUGGUGACAUCUGUUCCCUAUCUAAAAAGUGAUAUGCCAAGCCUACUUGAUGAGUUUGUACCCAAAAUUACAGAAGGUUUUAUCACAUCAAGACUUGAUUCUGUGCAAGUAAGCCUGCUUAAUCACGUUUCCUUACUCCAGGCAGGUUUGCCAGAUGACCUCUCAGAAGAUCCUCUAGACAAUGUUGAACUACUCCAAGAUCAACUUGAAAGUUUUCCUUACCUUUGCAGAUUCCAGUAUGAAAGUAGUAGUUUGUACAUUAUGAAGCUAUUGGAGCCAAUUCUGCAGACAUAUACGGAUAGGGCUAGGUUGCCUUCAAAUGGAGACACAAAUAAGCUUUCUGUGAUUGAAGGACAACUUGCAUGGAUGGUUCACAUAAUAGCUGCUGUACUCAAAAUUAAGCAGGGGACAAGUUGCAGUUCCGAGGCUCAGGAAAUCAUUGAUGCAGAGCUUGCAGCACGUGUUUUCCAGUUGAUAAAUGUCAGUGAUACUGGAUUACAUACACAGAGAUAUAGUGAAAGCAGUAAGCAAAGGCUUGACCGAGCUAUAUUAACAUUCUUUCAGAAUUUUCGGAAAGCUUAUGUUGGGGAUCAAGCUAUGCAUUCUUCAAAGCAGUUAUAUGCUCGGUUGUCUGAACUCCUUGGGCUUCACGAUCAUCUGGUUUUACUCAAUGCAAUUGUUGGUAAAAUUGCAACAAACCUUAAAUGCUAUGCUCAGAGUGAGGAAGUCAUUGAGCACACGUUGGCACUGUUUCUCGAGCUAGCAUCCGGGUAUAUGACAGGAAAAUUGCUGCUCAAAUUGGAUACAGUUAAAUUCAUCAUUAUUGGACAUCAUACUAGAGAGCAUUUUCCAUUCCUAGAGGAGUAUAAAUGUUCAAGGAGUAGGACCACAUUUUACUAUACUAUUGGUUGGUUGAUAUUCAUGGAGGACAGUCCAGUAAAGUUCAAAUCAUCUAUGGAUCCACUGUUGCAGGUUCUCAUAACUUUGGAGUCGACACCUGAUGCUCUUUUCCGUACUGAUGCUGUUAAAUACGCUUUGAUUGGCCUCAUGAGGGAUCUUAGAGGCAUAGCAAUGGCAACAAAUAGUCGGAGAACAUAUGGACUUCUGUUUGAUUGGCUAUACCCUAGGCAUAUGCCACUUCUCUUGAAGGGUGUCGCCCAUUGGAUAGAUGCACCAGAGGUUACAACUCCAUUGCUAAAGUUCAUGGCGGAAUUUGUAUUAAAUAAAUCCCAGCGCCUCACUUUUGAUUCAUCAUCUCCUAAUGGGAUCCUUCUAUUUCGAGAAGUCAGCAAAUUGCUUGUGGCAUAUGGAUCAAGGAUUUUGACCCUUCCUGUCACAACCGAUGUUUAUGCAAACAGAUACAAGGGAAUGUGGAUAUGCUUGACUAUUCUUACAAGGGCAUUAGGAGGAAACUAUGUCAAUUUUGGUGUUUUUGAAUUAUAUGGUGAUAGAGCUCUCUCAGAUGCUCUUGAUAUUGCUCUAAAGAUGGCACUAUCAAUUCCACUUCCUGAUAUACUAGCAUUCCCUAAGCUUGCACGAGCUUACUAUGCAUUCUUGGACAUCCUCUUCAGUGGCCAUAUCUCUGUUAUCAUCAAUCUAGAUACAAGUACCUUCAUGCACAUAGCUGGAUCGCUUGAAUCUGGUCUAAAGAGUUUAGAUGCUGGAAUCUCUGCACAGUGUGCUUCUGCGGUGGACAGUUUAGCAGCUUUCUACUUCAAUAAUAUAACAGUUGGUGAAGCACCAACUUCCCCUGUUGCAGUGAAUCUUGCGCGACAUAUUGCAGAAUGUCCUACCCUUUUUCCAGAGUUGCUGAGAACUCUAUUUGAGAUUCUUCUUUUUGAAGAAUGUAGUCACCAGUGGAGUCUGAGCAGGCCAAUGCUCAGCUUAAUUCUCGUUAAUGAACAGAUGUUCAAUGAUUUGAAGGCACAUAUUUUGGCCUCCCAGCCAUCGGACCAACAGCAACGUCUCGCUCUUUGUUUUGAUAAGCUCAUGGCCGAUGUCACCAGAAGCUUGGAUUCAAAGAACCGUGAUAAAUUCACCCAGAAUCUUACUGUAUUCAGACAUGAUUUUCGUGUUAAAUAGCGUGUAAUAUAAUCCAUGUCUCCUACUCUUUCGUGGAACUUAACCAAUGUCGCAAUGAAAUAUGGCCAAUGAAGAUGCAUGCGCUCCCUCGUCCUCAUACAACUGCACACUGUAAAUAGGUCUUGGUCGUGAAUGCUGACUGCCUUGGUUGCAGAGGGAGUAUUUAGCAUGGAAGGCGGCGUUCUGUUGAUUCAUAGAUGAUCGUUACGGGAGGCUUGUAGUGAAAGUGAUGAUUGCCGGAUGGUUGUUUUUCUGAUUUUCAAGUUGCAGAAGAUAAGGUCCUGGUUUCCCGGUGGGGUACAAAGUAACAGCGAAAAAUUCUUUUAUUUACUACGUCAGCACGAAGCGGUGAAAGGAAUGUAAAUCUUACCGAUUGUUUUGUUCAAUAGUGAUAUUCAGUUCUGUAAAUUCUGUUUGAAAUGUAUAAGCAUUUGAUUCUUGUCUUUCUGUCUUCUCCUUUUAAAAUGCAAAAUUUGCUUAGGAAAUUUCAGAAAGCUGCUCAGUGCAUAGCUUGUACUCCGAAUAAUCCUUCUUGUCCAAAGAAUUAAUGGACGCCAAAGGCUGAUCCUUACUAUGGUA